AUGGUUACCGCAAAAUUAAUAUCCCCACCCCAAAACGAAAUUAUUAUAAAAAAGCACGAAAACCCGAUUUUAAAGCUUUUACGUUUAAAUAGCACAAUUAUUACCCGAGCCAAAAGCAAUACUUUUGCUUUUAACAACAAAAAUUGCCUUUUUCCCCUUUUGUUUUUUAAUAGCAAUUGCAAGCACAGUAACGGGAUUUUUAAGCUUUAUAAACGCUGUAAAAUAAACAUUAAAUUUAAAAAAUUAUUUGGUAAUAAUGCGUUAUUUUUAAAAUAUUUACGAUCGGAAAACAAUACACUAAAGCACAUUGCUUUUAACGUUAAAUUUGCCGUAAAGCACGGAAUUAAAGCAAUUAAAGCAAAUUAUUGCUUGAUUAGCCCUUUUUUUACCGCGCUUACAAAUAUUAAAACCAUUACAAUUAUUGUUAAAAGCGAUACGCUUUUUUUGCAACCAAUGGAAGCGGCCGGAAUAGCUAAAGCAAGCGCGGGCGAAUUUUUAAGCAUAAAUUGUAAUGCCGGAAACAAAAAAAGCUUGCUAAAUUUUUUAACGGGAAAAGGCAUAAUUUAA